AUGCCCAUUUCAUUUCUAAAUAAAUACUGGUCAAACCAGACAACAACGACAUCGAUUACACCGGAAGAACAUGCCACAGCAAGACUACGGAUCUUUGACGAUGCCCUGGAUCGGCUCAUCAUUGGACCGGGAGGCACCUUUGCGGUGACUUGCAGCUGUGUCUUUGGUCUUAGUGCCAUUGAAGGUUGGCUUCAUCUUUCCUCUAAUCGACAAGUAUCUUUCCUUCAGAAAAGUCACUUUGUCACGCGAUAUGCUCUCGCCAACAUCAUCCCGUCCAUUGUCUGGGACAGAAUCAAAGCGGAAACCAUCGUCCAAGCGCUUCAAUUGAAUCCAAACAUUCUUGGAAAAGAGUCAGCCAGCCUUUCGUGGAAUCGAAGGAGACUCCAGUCAAUAAGAGGAUCGGUGGCUGGCACUGCCAUUCUCUCGCAGUUAGUAGGCCUUCUCAAUGUGAGUUUUUCCUCCAAGCAAGAUUAUUCCAAACGACUGCUGGAAGGAAGGGAGCCUCCUUUUAAUUUACCUUCCCAAAAAGAAGUGGUCAUUCGACUGGCCGGUAUCAAUAGCAAUGUAACCAGCCUCAGCAUGGAACGCUGGGGUCGACGCAACAUUUUUCCAAUCUACGAACGGGAUACCCAAGAGGUUCGACAAAUGGUCCAAAAACAUGGCUUUGACUCAGAACGUGGCUUGGACUCGAGCUCCAAUCAUGGGGUUCCUGUCUUUUGGAGAGUCGAAAAUGGAAAAUACGGGGAUCCAGAUUCUUGGAAGGGAAUGGCGAUUCCAAGACAAUGGCUACUCACGGUGAAAAAUACACCACAAAAUGCUAUGAAUACUAGUAAUAGUAAAAACAAGAAGAAUGCUGUCAACAAGAUUUUGUUGUUGGAAGCUGACUCGGUCGGUAGGGAUUCCAUUGAAUGCAUCUUUUCCCCCGACAUGGCCAACGAAUCCGAUUUGGAUCUGUACGAAGCGACUCAAGGGUUUUAUCAAUUGACUCGACUGGUGGAAGAGGAUGCCCCUCCCUUUUCGACACUAAGAGUGCUACUAGUAGAUUCCAAUGCCGUUGUGACAAGUGGGGGCGGACGGAAACGGAGUAUUCGAAAUUAUGUCACUAACCUCGGGUUGGCGGACAUUAUUAUUGAUGCCCGAGAACCCUUACUAUCGGCUGUUAAAGAUUGGUUGAAGCAUCGCUCAUGGGAUCAUUUGCGUGGCAAAAGAAGAAUAAGACUUGGAACGAAAAAGCCAGUCAUUGUGGAAACUCCAUCGUCCACCUUUUUUCAAUCGUUGAAACAGGCUUUGGAGCCGUUCGGGUACGAAGUCAUGGACGUUGCGGAUGCCCAACAAGAGUAUGGUAGUAUAGAGCAUAUUCCAGUACUGGUAAACGAAGAUACAUCCUUGGCCACCAUUCAUACCGUCCGAAAACUACUGGAACGCAAGUUGAGUACGGCAGAAAAUGUUUGUGCCUUUUGUGGAGAUCAGGGUGGUCUAGUGGAAUUGGAGCCUGGUCAUGAUUCUACUAUUGUAACAAUCUGUUCGAGUGAUAUCUACGAUGGCUUGUUCGGAUUGGUACGAGAAAUGGCGAUUCAGGGUUUCACCAAAGAGCAGAUACAAAAACGUGUGGAUGGUUAUGUUUGCAAAUCCACGGGUCGCCGAGGGGGUAAGCAGUUGGGAUUUCCGCCAUCAUAA